AUGAGCCUCCCACGAUUCUUGCUGCCCCCCCCGUUCGACCGAAGCUCCACGAAUGCGCCCUCUACAGCUACCCCCGAUCUGACAGCUGCGCAUCAACGAUUCUGGAAAUCAUUCUCCCGAUACUUGGAGAAAUAUGCGCCGGAUACAGAGCCCAUUCUCGAACUGGAGAAGGCGCCAACGGAGGGUUUCAAUGCGAAGAACCCCGGCAGUCGUCCGGAUUACCUGGAUGUUAGCCUGGAGGACAUAGCGACCAUAAAGCAAGCACAUACUGGCUUCGUGGGGGCCAUUUCAGGAUCGCCUCCUGAGCUACAAUAUGUUCCCGGCACAAAAGGUGUAGUGUCCACUGCGGGCGGGGCCUACCUUCCGGUGCUGGUCAUUUCGCUACGUAUGCUCCGCCGGACGGGGUCUACGCUGCCAAUGGAAGUCUUCCUAGCCGACGAGGACGAAUACGAGGAAUAUAUAUGCGAUGUGGUACUUCCGUCCUUGAACGCACGCUGCCUGGUGCUAUCCCGCAUCCUGGUUACGGCCCCGGCGAAUAUCGAGAAGUAUCAAUUCAAACCUUUCGCAAUGCUCUUCUCAUCUUUCGAAGACAUCUUAUUCUUGGACGCGGAUGCCUUUCCGCUUGAGAAGCCAGAGGCACUGUUCCAGGGCGAGCCUUUCCGCACCAAGGGCUUGGUGACAUGGCCGGAUUUCUGGGCCUCGUCAGUCUCGCCUCUCUUUUAUGAGAUUGCGGGAAUUCCCAUCCCACCGAUGGAUCUGCGCCAGUCAACCGAGUCCGGCGAAGUAGUCCUUUCCAAGAGAACCCACACCAAAACCCUCCUGCUCGCCACCUACUAUAAUUACUGGGGACCAUCCCAUUACUACCCGCUCCUAUCGCAGGGCGCUGCCGGAGAAGGCGACAAAGAGACCGAGUCGAUUUGUGCUCUUGGACACCGUAAGCCGGGUGGCAUGGCGGGCUCAGCCAUGGCUCAGUUUAAUCCUAUGCAGGAUUACGCCCUAACCAGUCAGGGCAAAUCGCGUGUGCGGGGUGAUGAGGCGCCUGCGCCCGAUGUAUUCUUUAUUCAUGCAAAUUUCCCCAAGUUCAAUCCCGCGACUGUUUUUGACAUGGGCCACGAGGUGAAACCUGCGUUCCUCGACGAUGGCACUUACACCCGUGCUUGGACGAUACCGGAGGAAGUUGUUGCCAAGUUCAGCUCGAAAGUCGACAUUGAGCGGGAAUUUUGGCGUGAGAUUCUCUGGACAGGUUGUGAACUCGAGGAUAAGUUCGCGUCGUGGGAGGGUCGCUCUGGCAUUUGCGCUGGGGUGAAGAAAUACUGGAACCAUAUCUUUGAAUCCAAUGACCGGUCUACUUGA